AUGCGUCGACCUGAAAUACCUAUACCAGCGGGUCGCAGCGUAUCAGAGUCCGGCGUCCUGGCCAACACUCCCCCACCACUGGCAUCUACACAGUCAAAGCAGCAUCGUCUGGAGCAGCUGACUACUCAGUUGCUAUGGCGUCUACAGCAGUCAUGCCCAAACCACAUGUCAUCAUCCAUGGCACCUGUCAUACCUCAUUUUCCCGACGAUGCACGUCUGUCAGGGCCCGAGAUGCCUCAACGUCUGCUGCCGGGGUUGGAGGAGAGUAGUGGUGCGCUCUAUGAGAUUGGAGUCGCGGACGACGGAACUAUUGUUGGCCUGGCAGAAGACGAGAUGGAAGAGAGCCUGAACAAUUUGCGCGCCAUGGCUGCAAGCUUGGGCUGUGGAGUCAAGGUCAUGCGCAGGGUUCCUGUAGGCGAUUGCGAGUGGACAGAGGAUUCCGGCACCGCAAAACAGAGGGUGGUAAAAUCGCAAUUACUAGUUGCCGAAGCUCUGGUCCGCCCAGAACAGCACUUGGUCGAUCAUACGAAGAGGAACGGGCAGGAAGCAGCCGACGUGCCGUCUGACACCGGUGCUAGCAACGUUGAGGCGCUGACCAACGAGUCUGAGGGAGUCACCGAGCAGAUGCGUGUAUCAGUGACCGGUGCUACCAUGUCCGGUAAAUCUAGCCUACUUGGCACGCUCUCUACCGCAACGCUGGAUAAUGGCCGAGGAAAGAGUCGCCUGAGUCUUCUGAAACACAGACACGAGAUCGCAUCAGGGAUGACCAGCUCUGUCACCCAGGAGUUGAUAGGACGCACCACCGUCCGUGGAAUCGUCGGCUGGCAACCACAUUGGACACUUCUGUGCAUUCCAGCUGACAACACCGAUGAGUCCUCUGGCAAGCUCGGAGCUUCGCCUUCAGCUGAAGAAAUACUCGGCCCAGCAGCAGCAGAUCUGGAUCUGUCUCAUGCACACCUUCAGUUAUGCCUCGCUCUGGAACUGCCGCUUGUGAUUGUCAUCACGAAGUUCGAUUUGGCUACCAGAACCGGCUUGGGAAACACCUGUAACAGGUUGUUUUCGGUAUUGAAACAGCACAAGAGGACGCCUUGUCUCAUCGGUGAUGCAGCUACAUCUGUGCUAGAGGCCGAUCUACACACAGUUGAUGGAGGAGAUCCUAAGAUCGACAAUGCACUAAGUCUCCUUGCAGACUCACCACUUGCGGCAGUGCCGAUUGUUUUGACUAGCGCCGUUAAAGGAACAGGAAUCCGGAAGCUUCAUGCAUUCCUUCGAGAACUGCCCAUGCCCAAGGAAGUGACUCAACCUGCACCUGCAGCAGUUUCGCCACUCUUUUACAUCGAAGAUGUCUACAGCGUCCGCACAGAUACAUCAAGUGAUCGAUCAGCGAUCAUCGGGGGCUACCUCCGUUACGGGUCUCUGGCCGUUGGCGACGAGCUGCUAUUAGGACCCUACCCUGUCGAUGUAAGCUCUGACGACAGCGACAGCGGUAGCGCAAUACCAAAUCGCAAGCCAUCUAUUCCUCAGUCGAGGUCCUUUCCUGGCGCACUGAACACGAAAUCGAAGAACGCCUCAUUGCGCGAUCGGCAUAGCGAAUGGCGACGCGUCCGCAUUACCUCUCUGCGCAAUUUGCGUCUACCCGUGCGAAAGCUGCAUGCAGGUCAGGUCGGGACCAUGGGCCUCGCACCCGUCGAUACACCGAUUGUCAGUCCAUCAAUAAACAGGAUACGCAAAGGCAUGGUCUUGGCGACUCGCGAGCCUAAGGCGUACAAAGUCAUCACAGUGCGAUUCGAGGAGAAGCAAGCAGAAAGUGUCAAGGCCCUCAGUGUUGGUAGUGCAGUCGUUGUCUACAUUGCUAGCGUAAGAGCUUCAUCCAAAGUGCUUUCCGUUGCUGCCGAGCGUGCGGAAGACCCUACGCUCAAGACUCACGGACACGAUGAUGCUUUCGGGUUCGGCUUUGACGAUGAAGUGGAGAAGUCAGCAACCGAGGGUGCAGUCAUUGUGACCUUCCAAUUCAUCGCUUCGCGCGAGUUCGUGGAGGCGGGUGCCAAGGUGUUGGUCAUGCCUGGUGGUGGGCCAGGGCUGUUCGGAGGUAAUGAGAGGGGAGCUAAAGGUAUGGCUGGGCUGGAAGGGUUUGUUGGCAGAGUAGUAGACGAUGCUUAA